AUGCCGCCAUCCCGCCCGCUUGAGGUGGUGACACGAGAGAAGCCGAAGCCGGCUGGGAUAGUAGGCGCGUCGCCGAAUCUGAGUCGCGACAUACACAGGGCCCAAACCGCUGUUGUACCACCAGUGCAGCCAUUGCCGCCGCAACAACCAAUCAUUAAGGCUGAGAAGGAUGUCGGGGCAAGGAAAUCGUUCAAAGAGUCUCCAGUACCGUUGCCCGUGGUCCCCGGGAUGGCACCGCCGACAUCGAAGGCUUCACCACUUCCACCUACCCAGAAAAUCCAGAUCCUAUUACCGUCAAGGCCUGAUUCGUCAGAUGGUGCGGCGACUGAGAGCGCGGUAGAGCCACCUGUGGUGACACCCCGAGGCCGCGGACGGCCCAAAGGUUGGAGGCCUGGCAUGUCGUAUGCAUCAAUGCGAGGCGACAAAGUACCUGAAGGAGUCACUGCUACAGCAAGGCGAGGAGCUACGCGCCAGUCCAGGCCGGAUCCUGGCUUUGGAGUCAUCAAGCGUAGGGGAAGACCGCCCAAGCAGCCCUCCCCGCCACCCAGAGCGGUGUACCACGAACUGAACGUGGCCUUUAUCGCGUUCCUAUGCGAGUGGAAAGGGUGCAAAGCCGAACUUCACAACCUUGAGACGCUACGGAAACACGUCGAGGUGGUGCACGUUAGGCCGCAGCGGCAAGUGGGAGGAAGCGUCCGGGGGCUGUGCCAGUGGGGGAGGUGCGGUGAUGCUGUCAAGGUGGAGGGGGUGGAGAGGGAGUCCUUUGACAGCGUUACGGAGCUGAGGAUGCACAUCGGGGAGAGACACCUGGUGCCGUUUGGGUGGCACGUAGGGGACGGGCCUCGUAACCGCAGUGGCGCGGCCGCGUUCGCCUGCGCGGAUGCCACGGAGGAGGAGAUACCCGGGUAUCUCAAGGAUGUACAGGGGAACCAAGUUACUCCAUCCAUCAAGGACCAACAGGUCGAGGACUACCUCACGUGGAGGGCCAACAGACAGAGGCUAAGGGAGCUGCUCCUGAAAAGAGAGGAGAACCUCCCAUCUGAGGAGUCUGAUUUGUCGGAUGGGGCACGAGAGGAGUGA